AUGACAACCUGGCCCGCUAGCACAGUUAGACAGACCUUUUUGGAUUUUUUCAAAGGCAAGCAGCACACUUUCGUGCCUUCCUCAUCUGUCGUUCCUCACAAUGAUCCUUCCUUGUUGUUCGCCAACGCUGGUAUGAACCAGUACAAGCCAAUUUUCCUUGGAACUGUCGACACCUCGUCUGAUUUUGGCAGCUUGAAGAGAGCUGCUAACUCCCAAAAGUGUAUUAGAGCCGGUGGUAAGCACAAUGACUUGGAUGACGUCGGAAAGGACUCUUAUCACCACACCUUUUUCGAGAUGUUGGGUAACUGGUCUUUUGGUGACUACUUCAAGAAGGAGGCUAUCGAGUGGUCUUGGGAAUUGUUGACUGAGGUCUUCAAGUUGGAAAAAGACCGUUUGUACGUGACUUACUUUGAGGGUGACGAGAAAAACGGCUUGCAGCCAGACCUAGAAGCCAAGCAGUUCUGGUUGGAUGUCGGUGUGGCCGAGGACCACAUCUUGCCAGGUGACGCUUCUGACAACUUCUGGGAAAUGGGUGACCAAGGUCCAUGUGGUCCAUGUUCUGAGAUCCACUACGACAGAAUUGGUGGAAGAAACGCCGCUCACUUGGUGAACAUGGACGACCCCAAUGUGUUGGAGGUCUGGAACGUCGUGUUCAUUCAGUACAACAGAGAGGCCGACUCGUCUCUUAGGCCAUUGCCUAACAAGCACAUUGACACCGGUAUGGGUUUCGAGAGAUUGGUCUCCAUCUUGCAGUCCAAGUUCUCUAACUACGAUACUGAUGUCUUCAGCCCUCUAUUCGAGAAGAUCCGUGGUAUCACUGGUGUCAGACCAUACACUGGUAAGUUUGGUUCCGAUGACGUUGAUGGUAUUGAUACCGCUUACAGAGUCAUUGCUGACCACGUGAGAACGCUAACCUUCGCUAUCACCGAUGGUGGUGUUCCUAACAAUGAGGGUAGAGGUUACGUCUUGAGAAGAAUCUUGAGAAGAGGCUCUCGUUACGUUAGAAAGUACAUGAACUACCCAAUUGGCCACUUUUUCGAGCAGCUUGUUGAUGUCGUCAUCGAGGAGAACUCUCAGAUUUUCCCAGAAAUUGCUUCUCAUAAGGACGAACUUAAGGAGAUCUUGGUUGAGGAGGAGUUGUCCUUCGCCAAGACCUUGGACAGAGGUGAGAAGUUGUUUGAACAGUACGCUAUCAUUGCCUCUAAGACUCCAGAGCAGACAUUGUCUGGUAAGGAUGUAUGGAGAUUGUACGACACCUAUGGUUUCCCAGUUGAUUUGACCAGAUUGAUGGCUGAGGAGGCUGGCUUGAAGAUUGACGAGGAAGCUUUCGAGAAGGCCAAGGAGGAAUCCAGAGAGGCUUCCAAGGCUUCUGGUUCCAAGACCGGCGCUGAUUUGAUCAAGUUGGAUGUCCAUGCAUUGUCUGAGUUGGAUGGCAACGAUGCUGUCCCUAAAACUGACGACCACUACAAGUUUGGUUUGGAAAACACCAAGUCCAAGAUUCUCGCUUUCUACGACGGCUCUUCUUUUGUCGACUCCAUCGACAAAACUGGCCAGCAGUUCGGUAUCCUUUUGGACAAGACCCCAUUCUAUGCUGAGCAAGGUGGCCAGGAGUUCGACACUGGUUCCUUGGUCAUUGAUGGCAGUGCCGAAUUCCACGUCGACAACGUUCAAUCCUACGCCGGUUACGUUUUGCACACCGGUACCUUGAGUGAAGGUACUCUUAAAGUCGGUGACAAGGUCAUCGCCACCUACGACGAAUUGAGAAGAUGGCCCAUCAGAAACAACCACACAGGUACUCACGUGUUGAACUUCGCUUUGAGAGAGGUCUUGGGUGACAGCGUUGACCAGAAGGGCUCCUUGGUAGCUGCUGAGAAGUUGAGAUUCGACUUCAGCAACAAGCAGGCAUUGACCCUUAAGGAAGUCGAGGAGGUCGAAAGAAUUUCCAAUGAGAACAUCAAGGCUAACAUGGAGGUCUUUGCUGAGGACGUGAGCUUGACCGUUGCUAAGCUGAUCAACGGUCUUAGAGCUGUUUUCGGUGAAGUCUACCCAGACCCAGUCAGAGUCGUUUCCAUCGGUGUUCCCGUUUCUACAUUGGUCAGCGAGCCAGAGAACAAGGAAUGGCACAAAUACUCCAUCGAGCUUUGCGGUGGUACCCAUGUUGCCAAGACCUCUGAAAUCAAGGAUUUGGUGAUCAUUGAGGAGUCCGGUAUCGCUAAGGGUACUAGAAGAAUCGUCGCUGUCACUGGCCAUGAUGCCCAUCGUGUUCAGCAGAUCGCCAGAGAUUUUGGUGCUGAGUUGGAUGCUGCCGCAAACUUGCCAUUUGGUCCAGACAAGGAGCAGAAGGCCAAGGAACUCGGUGUUGCCUUGAAGAAGUUGUCGAUCUCAGUUGUCGACAAGCUGAAGCUUAACGAGAAGUUCACCAAGUUGGACAAAUCUAUCAAGGACAACUUGAAGGCCAAGCAGAAGGAGGAAUCCAAGAAGACUUUGGCUGUUGUCAAAGAUUGGUUGAAGGAUGAGGAGAAGCUGAAAGCUGCUUUCCUCGUGGCCCAUGUUCCAAUUAGCGCUAAUGCCAAGGCCAUUACCGAGGCAUUCAACCUUAUAAAGAAGGAGAACAAGGACAAGUCUCUCUACCUCAUCACUGGUACGGACGACAAGGUUGCACAUGGUUGUUACAUCUCCGACGAGGCUAUCAGCAAGGGUGUUGAUGCCAAUGAGGUGGCCAAGGUUGCCAUUGCCCACAUUGGUGGUAAGGCUGGUGGCAGAGGCAACAUUGUGCAAGGUAUGGGUGACAAGCCAGAAGGUGUUGAGGAGGCUGUUGAGGCUGUCAAGAAGGCACUUACGGAGAAGUUGGCAUAG